AUGAUUUCUUUUUUUAACGAAGAUACAAAAGAAGAAGACAAAUUAUUACAAGAAAUAUUAGAGAGUAAGAAUGAUAAGAUACCAAGUAUAAUAAAAGAAAUAGUGACCUCUUAUUUAUCAAAGAGUAAUAGACUCGAAAAAAAAGAGGAAUCGUCAUGUGUAAAAAAUGAAGAGGUAUACUAUGAUAGAGGACCAUAUGAAGAUAUACAAUUUAAUAAAAAUAAUAUAAAGGAACAUAUAAAAUACCCAAAUAAUAAUAUAUAUAAUAGUAAUGAUUGUAAUAUACCUUUAAAUUAUAGUAAUGAAGAGUUAUUAAAUCUUAAAGUUGAUACAAAUAUAUUUCCUUUUCAUAUAAAAAAGAAUGGUAAAAUAAAUGCUGAUAUUUUUUUUAUACCUUAUAAUAGUAUAGAUGAUGAAGAUGUAAUAACAGAAUAUACAUAUAGCUAUAAUUAUUAUGAUAUAUAUUCUGAAAAUAUUGAACAAGUUAAUAAAUCUUUUCAUUCAAAUAAAAAAAGGAAAAUAAUGACAAAUAAAAAUGAUAAUUCAAAUAAUGAAUUUUUCAUAAAGAAAGAAAUAAAUGAAAAUAAUAAUAAUAUAGAAAACAUAAAAAAUAUAAAUUCCAAUGAAAUCAAAAACAAAAGAACUAACUUCCAAAAAUUAUUAGUUCAUUUUAGAGGGAGACUAUUUAUUGGAUGUCAUAUAAAUUAUUCUUAUUUUAAAAUAAAAACAUAUUUAGCUAUGAUAAAAGAUCAUGAAGACAUAGAUGAUAAACAAAAUAUGACACUUUUAAAUUAUGUUAAUAAAAACAUACAAACAUAUAAUUUAAUUCAAAAUGCUACAUAUUGGAAACAAGAUGAAUAUCCUGAUUAUACUGAUCAAAAUAUACAAAAACUUUUCUUCUUUCUAAUUCUAACACCUUUAAAUAAUUACAAUGAAGAGAGUGAAUUAAAUAAUGACGUUGUUUUUUGA